UAUUAGUUUAUCUAAAGGUGUUGAUUUAUAACGUGUGAAAAUGGUUGACGUCGACAUGUCAAAUUCGGAUAUGGAUUUGGGCAGUAUGAUCAAAGACCAGGUGGCCCAGUCGAUAAAAAAUGUAGACGUAUUGUCUAUGCUCCAAAAAAUGGUCGCAUCCACACCUGAGGACGAGGAAUCUGAGGAUAUUCGUCAGAAAUUACAAGGAAUACUGGCACAAUAUAAUAACUUGCCGGAGAAUGAAAAAAUUCAAUUCGUUCAACAAUUAAAGGAAGUUCUAGCGAAUAAAUUGGCUAUGAAAUUGAAAGAUAGUCCAAUUGACUUAAGCGGAGUCGAAGACGCCAUUAAGGAUGCUGUCGUGUCACAACUGUAUAUCGUAGCGGCCGCCAUUUUUGUUUUUGUUGUGAUUUUGGUAUUCUUCGGGUAUAAACUCUACAAAUCCAUAAAGGAUAAGGAAAAGAAGAGAGAAGAGAAGAAGAAGUUGAAGCAAAUGAAAAAGAAGAAGUAAGAAGCGUUUAACACGAACGGCUUCAGUGAUAUGCCUAGAAAAAUAUGUUUAUUAUGUAUUCAUUGUGUCAUUCUAAAAUGAAAUCCAAAAACUUUUUUUUUAAAUUAUAAAGCUGGUGCUUACAUUACAGGGCCAACUUUUAACAAAUGUUUUCUAUAAUUUCAUAAAUAAUCUAUGGUCUAUAUAUUUACAUUACAAAAGAUCAAAGGUUACUAUAGCCUUACUAUUAUGUGUGUAAAGUAUAAUGACAAAAAUUAAUAUUUGAUUUUAUAUAUAACGUAACAAGUAAUAUAAGAAAUAUGUAUUUGUAUUACAUAUAUGAAGCCUAUAUAUGUUCUGUUUUAAGUAUAAAAUAUUUUUCAGGCAUUAUCAUAUAAACGACUGAUUAUUAUCUAAAAUAAGGAUAUAUUUAUUCUGUUUAUGAAUGGUUACUGGACGUAUAGGUUUAUUUUUUAUCUGUUAUUGUUUUUUUUUUUUUAUAUUUAUGUGUUCAAAGAUAUAUUAUUGACAUUCCAAUAAUAUUUUGUUAAAUCGUUGUGAUUUUAUGUCGUUUGAUAAUAUAAUUAAACAAAUUAUUAAUAAAAUUAUUUUUCAUCUGUUUUAAUUAUAUUAUUUUAUACUUACUAAACAUUAAUUAAAAGUUCCACCGACAAGUACCGGAUUAGUAAUUGCAGUAGUUACUAAUAUUUACUAAUUAAAAUAUAUAUGAUUAUAAAUAUAAUUAAUGGGAAUCAAAUAAAGUAGACAGACAGGCUUCAAUAUCGAUAUAUUAGCAAUUUCAUAGUCUGCAUGAAAAGAAAAUACAUUACCUGUGGUCAUAUUAAAAAAGAUACACGUCUAGAUUUUUUCAUUGGGAAAAAAAAUAAUUAAAAUAUAUUAGUGAUUGGAUGUCUUUGGUUAUGUUAUAAAUUCUAGGAAGUUUGUCGCCACGCUAAAAGUAAUAUUUGUUUUAUGUAAAACGACUUUUGACAUAUUUUGUUAUUUCUAUUCGUAACUAGUUUAAAUAUUUAAAUUUAUUAUUUUUAAUUACUUAUUGUUUAAUAAAACAUUUAAUUUAUUUAAUGAGUAUAUAAUAUAAAAACUUUUUCUACCUUUGAGUGCCGUUAAAAUAUUUAAUAUUGUAAAAAAAAUAUAUGAAUGUGUGGAAAAGUCAAUAUAAUCUAUGUACAUUGAUGUUUUAUAUAAGACUUCAUUAAUCAAGUUAAAAUAUUUUUAUCUGUGGCAAUUACGUAGUAUAAAAAAAGCUUUGUUAUAAGUUUUAUUUCUCAUUACCUACGUAUUUAAUAUUU